AUGGCACCAUUCGGCAAGAUCUACUCGUACACGCCCAGCCCUCGGGUCAUGAAGGCCCAGGCGGCCGCCAACCUGAACGGCCUGGAGCUUGAUAUUCCGGAAUUCGCCAUGGGCAAGACCAACCGCACCGACGAUUUUCUGUCCAAAUUCCCCUUGGGCAAGGUGCCCGCCUUUGAGGGCGCCGACGGCACCAACCUCUUUGAGUCCGACGCCAUGACCCAGUACAUCGCCGAGAGUGGCCCUGCCGCCGAACAGCUGAUGGGUGCUACGCCUGCGGAGCGGGCUACCGUCCGCCAAUGGAUCUGUUAUGCCCAGGGUGAGGUGUUGGACCCUGUCACCCAGCUGGCCCUGUGGCGUUUGAACGUCCGGCCUUACGACGAGGCCACCGAGACCAAUGCCCUGCAGCGGCUGGAACGCUCGCUGGCCUGUCUGGAGAGCCACCUCAAGGGCCGCACCUGGCUUGUGAACAACGACCAGCUCAGCCUGGCUGAUAUCACCGUCGCCUCUGCUCUCGUCUGGGGUUUCUCCAUGGUGAUCGACGCUGAGAUGCGCCAGAAGUACCCUACCACCACCGCCUGGUAUGAGCGUACCAUCGAGGCCGACGGUGUGAAGCAGGCCUUUGGCGAGAAGAACUUCGUCGAGAAGCGUCAACUCUACCAGGGCUAA